AUGGAAAACAUUAACUUGUUAAAACAGGGAGAAGAAAGAGAAGCGUUAGCUUCAAUUUAUGAGAAGGAGUUUGAAGCAGACAGCAGUGGUACUGGGAGUUCCUACUGUAUUAAGGUACAGAGUUCAGAGAGAAAUAACGAAGCCGUCAUACAUGUGACAAUGCCCCGAGACUACCCCUCGGAGUCGCCGCCUGUCUAUGUAGUAUCUGCUCCGUGGAUGGACAGGAAAACCAAGGAGAGACUCCACCACUCCUUGGACCAAAUAUACAAGAAGCAUAAAGGUGAAAUUAUAGUGUUCCGGUGGGUCGAAGAGAUCCGCAACUUCUUGUUUUCCGUCGAGUCCAGACAAGAGCGAAACAAGAGAACAGAGAGAAAGAAAGUCAAAUCUCGUCCCGAUGAAUAUACAAAGGCGGCAGAGUGUCCAGACAUCACCCACGGAGAGGUCAUCACAGAUAGGAAAAGUAGCUUCCAAGGACACGCAGCUCGAGUUGGUUCUGUAGAUGAUGUCAAAGCUGUGUUGUCCAAACUAAAAAUGCAUCGGAAGAUUGUAAACGCGAAGCACAACAUGGUGGCGUACCGCAUAGAACACAGAACAGCCAAAGGUGUGGAAAUAGUGCAGGGGUACGAUGAAGACGGCGAGGCGCACGCCGGCGGCAGGUUGUUGCACCUCUUGCAGACCAACAACUGCCUGAAUACUGCGGUGGUAGUGACGCGCUGGUUCGGCGGCAUACAAAUAGGUGGCGACAGGUUCCGACACAUCACCAACGCGGCGAAGCAAGCUAUACAACAAGCGGGGCUGCUCAACAAAACUUGAUAUAAAUAAAUAAAUUAUUGUUUUUGUAUAAAAGUAUUUGAUUUAAUGUUACGGUAUAUCCUAUGUUACUUUCGUUGAGGAAUAAUUGCUUUACCACAUCAACGUGAUUAAAUAAAUGACUAAUUCUAAU